AUGAAGAUUUUCAUUGUAUUAAUAUGUUUGAAUAUCCUAUCAAGUGCUGUUUGUCUCGACAUAUAUAGAGGGCAAAUUGUGGACGAAUGCGCUGAGAAAAACGGCCUGUCUGACGAUGAUUUAGAAAAAUGGAUCAGCUAUCAGAAGAGUACGGAAGACAAGUUCCUCUGUUUCAUGUUGUGCUGUCAUCAGAAGGAUGGAUCGCUGAAUGAAGAUGGAAAGUGGAACCAACAAUUUCUUGAGAAACACUUGAACGAGAUGUAUCUAAUUAACAAUACCCUGAAAUCUCAAAUAAUGCAGUGUUUUUCCGAUAUUCCACCAAUUCAGAGUUGUCAAGAUAUGAGAUCCGUGGAGCAUUGCAUUCCAGAAAUCAAGAUUAGAAAUUGCCGGGAUGAAUUUGGUAUAAGCAACGAGGACGUGGAUAGUUUCGCUAAAAAUCCAAGUGAUCCAUCUGACAAGAUGCUCUGUUAUCUGAAGUGCAGCUCAGAAAACGACAAUUUAAUCUUCGAAGACGGUUCCCUGAACCAUAACUUUCUGAGGGAGCUGAUAGAGAGAUCUGUAGAUAUGGGUGAUCAAGAAAAGCAUCUGGUGGAAGACUGCUUGUCCAAAAUUCCACCUGUGAGAAGCUGCAGCGAUUUCAAACCGUUUGCUAGAUGCGUUGUUAAAAUGAAUCUGUUCUGAGUAUUAUUAAAAAAUAUUAUCUGAGAAAUAUCAAUAAUUAUUAUAUUAAUACAAUAUU